AUGUCCAAGCUCACCGACAAGAAAUUGGAAGAAUUACUCAAGGAACGAAUCGGAGCAACGUUUGUGCAAGUGAUCGAUCAAAGUGGAGGUUGUGGAAGUAGUUUUCAAGUAUUUGUAGUGAGCCCGGAAUUUCAAGAUAAAAAGUUGCUUGAAAGACAGAGACUUGUGAUGAAUAAGCUUCAAGAAGAAAUGAAAGGAAUUCAUGCCUUAUCGUUUGCAAAAUGUUUAACUCCACAGCAAUAUGAGGAAUAUCUCAAGCAGCAGCCUCAGCAGCAAUAA